UUGCGGCCACGUUUGCGCCACCUACAGCCCGGGAGGGUGGGCGUCAUGGCGGCUUCUGGGCCGCUCCCGGUGACCCAGGACCUGCCCACGUUGCAUGCCAAGUUGCAGGGGCUGCUGCGGUUCCUGAGGGAAGCCCUGUCCAUUUCCAGUGCACAUACGGUGGACUUCUACACAGAGUCCGUGUGGGAGCAAGUGGUCGACUUGCCCCCGGAGACAGUGCUGGCGGUGCUGAGAUCGGCGGCGGCGGCGGAGGCCCAGCCCUCGGAGGCGCGCCUCCAGGUGGAAGCCGAGAGUGGAUCAGAUACUACUGAUUUUCCGAAAAUAUUUUGUGAAACUUCCCAGAAGCUGGUGAGUGUGGAAGCCUUUGCUCUGGCUGCUAAAUAUUAUUCUGUACAAAACUUGGGAAUAUGUACUCCUUUUGAACAGUUGCUUGUAGCCCUUCGUGGAAAUCAAAAACAGAGAACUGAUGAAAAUGUGAAGCCAGAUGAGUUUAUGAAUUUGAAAAAAUCUCAUGAAGUUCAGGCAAUGUCAGAGCUCAUCAGCAGUGUUGCUGAUUACUGUGGAAUAAAGCAGAUAAUUGACCUGGGUUCUGGAAAAGGCUACCUAAGCUCCUUUUUGUCCUUGAAGUAUGGCUUAAAAGUUUAUGGAAUUGAUUCCUCAAAUACCAAUACUCAUGGAGCUGAGGAGAGAAACAGGAAACUGAAGAAACAUUGGAAAGUCUAUCGUAGGCGGUCAAAAUUAGAUGUCAAUGGACUGGCAUUACAAAUGACAAAAGAAAGGAAAGUGCAAGAUGAAAUUAAAUUUAAAGCCGAUAUUGAGGGAGUAUGUAACAGCAGUACUGCAAAUCAAGAAAAGAUGUCGACCUCGGACUUUCUGCAAGAUUUUUCAGGCUCUGUAAUUUCUAACAUCAGAAAACAAAUGGAAAACCUACAUGUUUACUCACAUCGAGAAGAAAAUUUGUGUUUUGAAAAUGCCUUUUCUCUUAGGGACCUUUUGCCUAUUAAUGCCAUAGAACCUACUUCUUCAUCCCAUAUACCCAAGAGAAAAAUGUCUGAAGCAAAUAAAGAGAGAAGAAAAAUGACAUCAAAGUCAAAUGAAUCCAAUAUAUAUUCACCUUUAACAUCUUUUAUCACUGCUGAUUCAGAACUACAUGAUAUUAUUAAAGAUCUGGAGGAUUGUUUGAUGGUAGGUCUGCAUACUUGUGGUGAUCUUGCUCCAAAUACUCUGCGAAUAUUUACUUCCAAGUCUGAAAUCAAGGGAGUUUGCAGUGUGGGUUGUUGCUACCACCUCUUAUCUGAAGAGUUUGAAAACCCACAUAAAGAAUGUACCCAAGAAAAGUGGGGAUUUCCAAUGUGCCACUAUUUAAAGGAAGAGAGAUGGUGCUGUGGCCGGAAUGCCAGAAUGUCAGCAUGUUUGGCACUGGAGCGCGUUGCAGUCGGCCAAGGGCUGCCUACUGAAUCACUCUUCUAUCGUGCCGUACUUCAGGAUAUUAUUAAAGAUUGUUAUGGCAUCACCAAAUGUGAUCGGCAUGUUGGUAAAAUUUAUUCCAAAUCCUCUUCCUUUCUGGAUUAUGUCAGAAAGUCUCUAAAGAAGCUUGGAUUAGAUGAGUCCAAGCUGCCAGAAAGAAUUAUAAUGGACUACUAUGAGAAGUACAAGCCUAGAAUGAAUGAGCUGGAGGCUUUUAAUAUGUUGAAAGUUGUUCUGGCUCCUUGCAUAGAGACAUUGAUUCUUCUGGAUCGGCUUUGCUACCUGAAAGAGCAGGAUGAUAUUGCGUGGUCUGCACUCGUGAAGUUGUUUGAUCCUGUGAAAUCUCCCAGAUGUUAUGCCAUUAUUGCACUGAAGAAGCAGCAGUGAUUUCAAUUGAAGCAAGGUUUCCUCAUAUGUGUCAAUUCCUGUGAGAAGCAGUGGCUGAUAUUCUGCCCACACUUCCACCGCCACCCAGGCGAGGAGUAAGAACAUCAUCUAGGUGGCUGCCAUGUGGAGAGCACAUGAACAGUACGUUACCAGGCCUACUUCCUUAUCUGCCUGCAAUUCUGUGCCGAAAUGACUCAAAGGCAGGAACCGUGAGAAACACCACUGAAUCUCCAGAUUCUGACAUGGAGCAUUGUUCAGUCUCACAUGUUUAAUUAAGGUUUAUUGAACCUUUAUAAUAUAAAAUAUGUUAUAUAUCGUAAUUAUAUAUGGUAUAAGAUGAAAUAACCCAAAGCUUGUAAUAUUGCAGUGUUCUAAACUGAAGCGUAAAAGACGCUCUGAAUGGACCUCUCAGGCUGGAGGACAGCCUAAGCAGUAGGUCUAUGAAAUGGGAAUACAGAGGGCAGAGCUAAACCAUUUCUGUGCCAGAGACCCCUUGGGCCCCUUCUCAAGCAAUGUUUUUUAACAUAUAGUAAAAUACAUAAUUUGACAAAGGAAGCAAAUCAUAUAGAGAUAGUUAAUAACAGAGCUUUUAAAAAUGAUAAUUUAGUAAUAUGUGUGUUUAUUACUCAUUAAAUAACAAGAUCAAGUAGCAGUUCUAAAAACUACUAUGGGGACUUCCCCGGUUGUCCAGUGGUUAAGAAUCUGCCUUCCAAUGCAGGGGACGUGGGUUCGAUCCCUGGUCAGGGAACUAAGAUUCCACGUGCCACAGGGCAACUAAGCCCACAUGCCACAACUAGAGAGCCUACGUGCCAUAACUACAGAGCCCACGUGCUGUAACUACAGAGCCCACAUGCUCUGGAGCCCACUCAGUCACCACAACUAGAGAGAAGCCCGCACGCCGGAAUGAAGAGCCUGCGUGCUGUAAUGAAUGAUCCCAUGUGCCGCAACUAAGACCCAACACAGUCAAAAACAAACAAAUAAAUAAAUAUUUUAAAAUAAAUAAUAAAAACUACUAUGAUUUUGAAGUAACAAUAGAUGUGAGCAAUAUUUGAAGAUAUCGGCCAUAGCUGUAAUGUGACAUGAAAAUAUCUGCACCUUCUAUUGGCAAGAGCUUCAGGUACUGCCAGUCAUACUGAGGUUUUUUGUCCACGUUUAUAAUAGAAGGAAACACUGAAUUUCAUUCAGAGGUUAGUGAAAAUAAAGAAAUAGGUUUUCUCCAAGAUCCAUGAUCAUGGAUGCCCUGAAUUCUAUCUGUGGAUUCCCUGGGUUCAGUAUACCCUCUACCUGUAGAACACAGGAAAACAGACCACCUAAAAUAACAACUAUGAAUAGCAAUUCUUCCAUAUUUAGAGGAAUGAUAUCUCCCCAAAUCAGUGUAAGCCUCCACCUACACUAUAUGAUAAACAACUAUUUCAGGAGUACUUAGGUUUAUGAAGGAUAUCAGUAUUCCUUUAUAUAUUUAAAAUGUAAAAUUUUAUAAGGCUUACUAUAAAAUUAUAGUGAUCAAGAGUGUGAUAUUUGUUUAAAGACAGUUAAAUAGGUGAAUGGAACAAACUAAUGAGUUAAGAAAUAGGCCCGCAUAUAUAUAGGUGGUUGAUUCUCAACAGAGGUGUCAAAGCUAUUCAAGGGGAAAAACACUCAUUUCAACAAGUGGUGCUAACAAAUAAUUAGGUAUCAAAAUGAAAAAAAAAAAUCUCAACCCUUACCACGUAUCACAUACAAAAGGUUACUUGAAAUGGAUUUUAGAUCUAAAUGUAAGAGAAAACUAAAAACCUAGAAUAGAAUGUAGGAGAAAAUACUUUAGUUAAGGAACGGCUCCUUAGGACACAAAAAAACAUAAACCAUAAGCAAAAAAUCUGACAAAUUGGUCUUCAUCAAAUUUAAAAUGUCUGCUCUUGAAAAGACACUUAAGAAAAUGAAAAGCAGGAUACAGAUUGGUAAGAAAUAUUUGUAAAGCACGUUCCUGAUAAAGAGCUUAUCGGCAGAGUAUGUAAAUAUUAAAACAAAAACUCAGCAAAAAGAGAGGCAAAAGAUUUGCACAAAUAUUUCACCAAAGAAGAUAUGCAAACAGCAAUGAACACAUGUAAAACUAUUCAACAUGAUUAAUCAACAGGAAAAGAUGAAUUAAAAGGAGAUAACCACUACACACCCAUUAGAAUGGCUAAAAUUAAAAGGAUUGAUAAUACUAACUGUUGGAGACAAUGUAGAACAACCCGAGCUUUAAAGAUUGCUGAUGGAGAUGCAAAUGAUACGGUUAUUUUGGAGAACAGAUUUUUAUAAAGUUAAACAUACCAUAUGACCCAACAAUUCCAUAGAUGUUUUCCUAGGAGAAAUGAAAACAGAGGUCCAUACAGCAAAUGUUAAUUGUUGCUUUAUCCAUAAUAGUCAAAAAUCCAUCAACAGCAGAAUAGAUAAAAAUAUUGUGGUACAUUCAUACAAUGGAAUACUUCUCAGCAACAGCUAGCAAUGAACUGCUGCUACCAGCAACAACAUGGAUGAAUUUCAAAAGCAUUACAGUAAGUGGCUAAGCAAAAUAAGCUAGACACCUGCUGUACAUGCUGUAUUUAUAUGUCAUUUAUACAACAUUCUAGAAAAGUCAAAACUGUAGAAACAGAAAACAGAUCAGUCACUGGUUGCCACUGGGCUGUGGGUGAAGGGAAGAAUUGCCUACAAAGGGGCAUAAGGGAACUUUCUGGGGUGAUGAAAAUGUCCCAUAUGUUAAUUUGGGUGGUGAACACACAACUUGCAUGUGUGUCAAAAUUUAUUGAACUGCACUUUAAAAGGGUGAAUAUUAUUGCAUGUGACUUGUAUCUCAAUAAAACCCGGCUUUUAAAAAUUCUAAAGUUUUAUCAAAGAGAAAUGAUAAAUGAUAUUUUGUUACUAGAGCUAAAUUGUCAUGUUAAAGAAUCCAAAAUCAGGAUUUUCCACCCAAAAUGAAAGGCACUUGUCCAUACUCUAAAUACAGAGAGGAACAGAUGUAUUGGCUCAGUAUCUUAUUGGUUUUGUAUGCCAUUUGGAAAUUGGAUUGUUUUGACAAAUUACUUGCUAGCCAGGAAAAGCAUUAAGGGAUUAUUUGUCCACUGUGAUUUCAGAUUUUCCCUAAUGAUAAAAUCAUUUGAAAUAAGAGGGCAGCCAAAGUAGUUUUACUCAGGGAGAUAUUAUUUCAUACAUAGACAUGUCAGAAACAGCAUAAGCAAGAAAAGGAGAUUACUCCAAUUUUUAUUUUAACUUCAAGUGUUAUAAAUAACAGCAGCAAACAAUUUCAAUGCUAAAUAGCACAAAAUUCAGAUUUCCUUUUAAGAGCUUCUCAACUUAAAGACUUGAAAUCAUUUAUUAAUGUGGGUGUUGUAAACUUCACGUUGCAAUUUGAAUCUUUACUUCUCAAUGCAUUUUUUUAAUAAGUUUAUUUAUUUUACUUUUGGCUGUGUUGGGUCUUCAUUGCUGCGGGCAGGCUUUCUCUAGUUGCAGCAGGCGGGGGCUACUCUUCAUUGCAGUGCACGUGCUUCUCAUUGCGGUGGCUUCUCUGGUUGUGGAGCACAGGCUCUAGGCACAUGGACUUCAGUAGUUGCAGCACAUGGGCUCAGUAGUUGUGGCUAACGAGCUCUGGAGCGCAGGCUCAGUAGUUGUGGCGCAUGGUCUUAGUUGCUCUGCGGCAUGUGGGAUCUUCCCAGACCAGGGAUCGAACCUGUGUCCGCUGCAUUGGCAGGCAGAUUCUUAACCAUUGUGCCACUAGGGAAGCCCUCAAUCCACCUUAAUACCUACUUUAAUGCUAUUUGAGGAUACCAUCAGAUUAUAUCGUUGAUUUUACUUGUUUAUGGGCUCUAAUGUCUUCCUACUGUUCUAUAGAACAUUUUGCUUUAAUAGAAUUCUAUGUAUUUCAAGAAUUUCUUUGCAGAUAAGUGGUGUGUCCUUCAAUAAAGCAAAGAAAAACUUUAAAAUCUUCAUUAAAGCAAUAUUCUUCAUUUAUUUGUUCAUAGAACAUUAACAUUAUCUUCCUUAUCUAAAAGAACUCUUUUCUCAACUGCAGUUCAUAGGAUGAAGACCCACCACUUAUUUUAAAUGAGCUUCUGUGUAACUAUCAAAUUAAAUGAAUUAAUAUUUACCUUUGUGCUUUUUAAAAGUAUUGUCAUAACAUUGGUUGUUUUAAUGCACUAGCGGUAGAUAGUUUAGUUUAUUUUUAUAUUCUAUGGUUUUUUUUGCCAGAAAGACUAACUAAACUGCUAGAUUAGUGCAUAUUUUUAUAUUUUUCUGCAGAUAUACUUGAUCUCUGAGUAAUUAUUUGCUGUAUUCACAUGAGGUUUAUUCUUUUGUAUCUCUAGGUCUACUGCCAUCUAACACACUAGCUGCUAGCCACGUGGGAUUAUUUAAAUCAGUUAAAAUGAAAUGAAAUAAAAUUAAAAAUUCAGUUCCGUGCUCACACCAGAGAAAUUUCAUGUGCUCACCAGCCACAUGUGGUCCGUGGCUAUCCUAUGGAGCAUUCCCAUCAUCACAACAGUUCUAGUGAACGGCGCUGGUCCAGAUCAGGGUCAGAAAACUUUCUUCUCGUAGGGCCGGAUAGUAAAUAUUGUAGAGUUUAUGGGCCAACAGGCAAAACUGAGGUUACUGUUUAGGCACUUAUAUAACCAUUUGAAAAGUAGAUUUAUUUUAAAAUGGAAAAAACCUUCUUAACUUGCAGGCGGUGAAAAGCAGGCAGUGGGCUGGAGUUGAGCCAUAGUUUGCCCAGCACUGGUGCCAGUCAUUCAGUCCUUUAUCCAUUAAGAACAUCUUUUUUGAACAGAUCUGUGUUUUAAGUGCUGGACUAAAUAUUAAGUUUAGCAUAGUGAACAAGAAACAUAGUCUCAGCUUUCACGGAGUCCAGAACGUAACAGGAAAGGCACUACAACAAAAAUUACACAAUUAAUUAGUCAAUUAUUAUAAUUUAACAAAUAAAAUGAAGGAGCUAAACAGGAUUUUAUGAAAGGAAGUAACAGGGGAACCUAAACUGGUGUAAAAGAUUGAGUUGAUUCUAAAAAUUAUCUGCAGCUAACAUUAUAUUUUUAAUGUAUAGCAACUAUUUAGACUUUCCAGCUGACCCAUGUGAAGAAAGCACUGUAAAAAUUAAUAAAUCUAGAUAAUAUUUCUAAGUGGGCUGAUGUUCAAAUCUAUUAAUUCUUACAUGCCAUCUGUUUUAUAUGUGAAUGAUAGAAAUUAUAUUUGCUAAUAUCACAUUUACUGAUGUUUGGUAUUUUAUUUUCCUCUACUAGCAUCUUUUAUUAGAAUAAAAGUGUAUAAAUUAAAUGCUUCCUUGUAACUAGAAAAACUUGCCAUGGACUAACUCCCCAAAUGGCCCCAAUUUUCUAUUAAUUCUUUAUAUCAAAAUUCAAAUUGAACCCGUUGUUAAAGAAAACAAUGUGAUGCAUAUAAACCUAGGCUACUUUGACAGAUAUUUUUUUAGAACAUACGACUUCUUUUCAUUUAUGAGAACUCAGUAUACAUAAUCAGCACAACAAAACAAAAUAAAAAUAUACACUAUACUGUCUUCCCAUAUAAUGGCAGUGUUUCUCAAGAUUAUAUUUGAUUUUCUGAGGUCUUUAUGGCACUUUGCAGCUCUUUUAAAUGUGACCUUUUUUAUGGUGGUGUCAAGAGCUUGCUGUAAAUCUAAAUAUUUAAUCACUGAGCACGUGAGAGAGAGUUGAGUGAGCAGAAGCCAUUCUAAAUUGAGCACACACCUUGAAUGACAAAUAGGCCAAACUGAAAUUGUUUAUAGAUUAAAUCAUGUGCCUUAUAUCUGCUUUGUUUCAAUAAAUAAACCCCAAACUUAAAUGCAGCUGAUUAUACAUCAAGAUGAGGACAAAAUAAAGGGGAUAAAAUAUUUCCUAAAACUCCAUUUUCAUGACAUGGAGUUUAAUUCUUCAAUUUCACUGAAAUUAACAGAUCCUGCUGACUCAGUUUUAAGCUGUUCUUUUAUGAUGACAAAUGAUGUACAGCAAGAAACUAGAAUUUGACCUUCCCUUCGCAGCUUCUUAGAACAGUGCAUAUUAGAAUAAUGCCAAGAAGAGUGGGGUUUAAAAACAAAUUUAAAAAUCGUGACUGAAUCCAUCAAGAAAAGAUUCCAUAUGUGACUCACUAGCUGCAGCGCUGCUUUUCUCUCACCUUUGCACAAUUUCAGCGCAGAGCUGCUCUGUUAUUCUGUAACGCACUUCAUGCAAAAAUUAAGGAUUCUGGCUCCCUCAAGGCAAAUGUCCUCAACUCAUGUUUACUGAGUAAGAAGAAGAGUCAUAUCUAUUUAACUCAGAGUGUUGAAGGCCUAGCACAGAAAUCAGGUCUUAAUGUCAUCGGGGAUGGAGUCAAAUUGACAACUGGCACACAUUUUCCUCGUGAACCAUGGAACUUCUAGGCAUCCAAUGGUAAAUCUGUAGAUGAGCUCACCCUGUGCUUCCAUCUGAGGUUCCUUCAGUCUCCAGGAAGGAGCUUCGCUCUGGUUCACUACACAGCACCAUCACUGCUGAACCCGGUGCCCUUCUGCUGGUUCCCGUUUGCUUGAACUUUUGACACAGGAAUUGGUGCUGGUGCAGAGGUGGACGGGCAUCAUAAUCGGCUGCUGGAGUCAUAGGAGGUGAUGAAGUAGGAGGAAUCGGCCGUCUCAGAUCUGCUCCACCCUUCAUUUCUGUAUAGAAUCUGUGUCAGCUGGAUCCCGAUGUCCCAAUCCUGAUUCUUGAGAUCUCAACCAUAUCAAAACGUCUUUGGGCACAACUCAGGUUCUCUACUUGCAUUUCAAAUGUUCCACUGUUAUCAUCUAUCUCUGAGACCCUCCAUGUUUCCCUUUGAUUCCUCUAGCCCCAGAAGAAAGCUGAAAGAUUUGCUAGGAUCUCUUUCCCCCAGUAGAAGCUCUCUGGCUCAGCCAAGAUCAAUGCUCAGACCUUAAAGAAAAUGAUGACCAACAGCUGCCAGCUUAUUUCAGGAAGUGAUUGUCCUCUUUCUGGAAUUUUUGUUUAUGCCAUUUCCUUACUUUCUGAUAUCUUUUAAAAUAUGUGCUUUUUUUUUGUAGUUUAUUUGCCCUUUUUUUGGUGGUUGCAGUAAAAGUGUUGGUUUGCUGUGACCUACUACAUCCUGCCCAAAAGCAGACCUAUUCAAGUUACUUUUAAGAUGCUGGUAUAUGUCUACUCGACCUCAUUAACACCUCUGUUCUGUACAGCAAAGGGGAAACCUGUGACAAGGUAGCUUCUUUGGUGAGGGGUUAGAAAUGAGUAUAAAAGUAUGCUUUAGGGCUUCCCUGGUGGCGCAGUGGUUGAGGGUCCGCCUGUCGAUGCAGGGGACGCGGGUUCGUGCCCCGGUCCGGGAGGAUCCCACGUGCCGCGGACCGGCUGGGCCCGGAGCCAUGGCCGCUGAGCCUGCGCGUCCGGAGCCUGUGCUCCGCAACGGGAGAGGCCACAGUAGUGAGAGGCCCGCGUACCACAAAAAAUAUAUAUAUAUGCUUUAUAGAGUCUGGAAACAAACUCUAAUCCUUUUCAUUGGUAUAUAUUUUAAAAGAUACAACCAAGAGACAUAAAACUUCAAAAAAAUCAAAAACACACAAAAGAGCCAAAGUUGGGCGUUGUCCAAUUACAGUGACCUAUCUUUUUUAAGACAGGAAUUCCUAAUGUCUAUUUAAAUAUAAUUAAUAUAUUGUAUUAAUAUAUUUUAUUAUAUAUAUUUUUAUUAAUAGAAUGUUUAGGAACUCACUUCCCACACUCAUUUCUGUCCUUUCACACUUGGAGUAGCAGACUGUCAACUGAGGAAAAGAUGGAAGUAUGUUACCUGUGUUCACACAUCCCCACCUGUCCCCUGAUAUAUACAUACACCACCCACACGUGCAUACACAGAUGGCACUAAUGGCAAGUAAAUUUUAUCAGCCUACCCUAUUCUGUUGUUUGCUUAAAGGGCACAGAUUAAUACUCUUACCAGUUCUGUGGGUUUUUUUUUCAAGUAAGCUUUUUAUUUUGGAAUAAUUUUAGGUUUACAGAAAAGUUGCAAAAAUGAAGUUCCCGUAUACCUCUCACCCAGUUUCCUCUAAUGUUAAUAUCUUACAUUCAGACCAUGCAUUUGUCAAAACCAAGAAGCCAACAUUGGCACAUUAGUAUUAACUCCAGACUUUAUUCAGAUUUCAAUAGUUUUCCACUAAUAUCUUUUUGUUUCAUGAUCUAAUCCAAGAUACCAUAUUGUGUUAAGUGUUUUGUGAUUGUUUUUUCAAUUGAUGUUUUGUAAAGUUUCGCAUUUUCUUAAUUCAGUGUCCUGUUUGUGCUUCUAUAUAAUCCUUUAGUUUUCAUUUGGGAAUUGUUUUGAGUGCCAAAGUGUCAUGUUUUUCAUACUCCAAACUCCUAGGUAGGCCUCUGAAGACAAUUUGUCCUUUAUUUAUGACACUAUAUAUUAAAGUAACUGAAAAUAUUCAAAAUAAUGCUUACUUUGUGCAGAGUCCAUGAACUCCAACUGGAACACAUAAACGUCAAAUUUGAGCAAUAAAUUUUGAUUGAUUUUGAAAUUCCAUUUAAGGCACUAUUUUUCUGUGUAGAAUCUCAUGGAAAAUAUUUUAAAAUAUUAUAAAAAAUUGUUUCCUAUGGGAUCUGAAAGUUCUUUAGAUAGAUUUUUCAUAGAAUGUCUAAACGAUUUAAAUACCAUUUCAGAUUGUCAGAGUGACGGAUGUUUUUAAAUUAUUUUAUUAACAGUGAUUUAUCACUCAAGUUUACAGUACUCUGAACAUCAUUUUUUUUGCUUCAACUGAACAACUGGCAUUUUUCUGUUUUGUUCUUUUCCUUGUUGUGUACUCUACUCUGGAGCACUUUCAAAUUUCAAAAAAGAGCUUUUAUUUGGGGGCCAUCAGUGAAUGGGCAUGAGCCAUUGUAUUCAAUGAAAUAAGCAUUGUGUGAUUGAAGAAUAACUAAGGGGAUGGAUCAUGGUUCCAUUAAAAGUACCAAGACACUCCUGGAAAAGCUAUGAAAAUAUGCUCUUCCAUUAAGGAAAAGCACUUAUCAAUGCUGCCAGUCCUGGUAAAGAUUGUCUACUAACAUAAAGCAGACAUUUCUUGUAACAUACAUAAGGAGGGCAUUAGGCUUGAUCACAGCAUAAGUAUCUGACAGGUAGGACUCGGACAUCUGAAGGUAACUUUGUAGCUCUCAUCAACUACAGUUGACUGCAAAACUUGGCACCAGUUCAAGGGGGCAGCCAUGCUCUGAUUAAAGGUCUGGGCCUACAGAUCCGUUUGGAAAGGUUUCGCAUUAAGAUGAUUUAGCCUAAAGAGAAAAUUACUGAAGCAUGGGUCCCACACUGGUGACUUGAAAUCUUAUUUUGUUUGGCCCAGACAGUGUGUUUUCUCUGUUUGUUUUUAAUAUUUGAAUUAAUUGCUGAACUCUGAAAUGUUGGGAGGUCACACUACCAAAAUCUGGAUUGCCCUCAUUUCUACAUGUCAGUAAGAAGCUAGAGGUGACGAGCAGGCCCUUUCUCGAUGGGGCACUUCCUCUCCAGCCACACACAGUCCUCACCACACGUGAUUGUCUCCUAGCCCUUCAGCUGCCAGUUACCAUCACUCCUCACACAGCUGUUUUCCUGUGAUGAAAAGGCUCUGUUUCCACGGUGCUCUUCAAAGUAAGAAAAACAGCUGUGUUUGAGAAGGCAGCGUUCCUCAUUCAGCGAUGCUCCCAACCGGCCCUGAGGAUAUUUGACCUUGUGACCCUGGGUAAAAAGGUGAGGUCAUGUUCACCAGAAGGUAACAUCCCACUACCCUGACUUUCAAACUGGAAUUGAGAUAUGAGUCCAAACAUGGUGAUUUUUACCUUUAAAUGACUUUUCCCUUAUCCCCUGCAGUAAUGGCAUAGUGGUUUUAUGCCCAGACACUGCAGCUAGACUACCUCGGUUCAAAUUCCCACUCUGCUACUUAUAAUAACGUACGCUUAGGCCAGUAACUUAACCUUUCCAUUCCUCAGUUUCCUCAACUAUAGAAGGAGGAAAAAGAUAGCACCUACAUCACAGAGUUGUUGCAAGGAUUCCAUGAGCCAGUGUGUGGGAGCACUGGAACCAGAGCCCGGUUCGUGUAAUGUGGCAUUAGGAUUAGCUGGUGCAGUUGUACUCACUUUCUGACUGUGCUAACGUGUAAUUUAUUAUACGUGGCUCACAUUGCCUUCUAAGUUAUAACUCAUCCUGGUGUCUGAUCUCCACCCACGCUCUGCACCUCCAGGGGUCUGUGCCAGCUCUAGGGUUUGGCGGUGCAUUUGCAUUUGGAAGGAGGUAAAUAAGACAGUGAAUAAAAUACAUUCAGAAAUGAUAGGGACCUUAGAGACCACCUAGUCCAAGGGCUGGCAGACUUUUCCUAUAGAGGGCCAGAUUGUAAAUAUUUUGGCUUUGUGGCCAGAUGGUUUCUGUGGCAACUACUCAACUCUGCUGUUGUAGCCCAAAAACCGCCAUAGAUACAGAAUGUAUGGGUGUGGCUGUGUUCCAAUAACUUUAUUUAUGGACACUGAAAUUUGAAUUGCAUUUACUUUUCACAUAUCAUGAAAUAUUCUUCUUCUUUUGAUUGUUUUUCAACCAUUUAAAAAUGUAAAAACCAUUCUUAGCUCACAGGCCAUAAAAAACAGGUGGAAGGCUGAAUUUGGCUGACCCCCAAUCUAGUCCCAAACUUACAAACUCCAAUGCUUUCACCUGGGAAUUCCACCUGGGAAUUUUUGGUUGCAAUGUGAAGCUACCGGGCCCCCACUCCAAACCCACUAAAUAAAAAUCUCCAGGUGGUGGGCAGUGGAAUCUUUACUGUGAACAUGUGUGUGAUCCCCACCAGUGUGCCUCUAGGAACCAUACUUUGAGAAACUACCCACGGCCUUCCAAUAUGGAGACUUCAUGGCCCUCUUCAUAGAUCUAGAAAUGAUUUACAGAGGUUGAAUACAACACGCACCACAUUGCAAAAGUGAAUGGGAUCACUUGUGACCUAAAGUAUUUAAAUGUAUUCCUUACAUUCUAUUAUUUUUUUUUUUUUCAGAGUCUCCUGUUCACAGAGGUCAUUAUUUCCUUUUACUGUGUUGGAAGGAUGUGGUAUCAUCUUGAAAUUACCCUAAAAUCACUGCACAUUAGAGAAAUCUCAUUUUGUGUUUUUUGUCAAUGUAAGAACAUGUGCAUGUUUAUUGACAUCCUUUGUGGUGACAAAAGAAAAAAUCUGAAAAAAAUUUAAAUGGUCUAGUGAAUAAAAUCUGGUGAUGCUUACUUGAAAUUUUAUGCCACUAUGUAAAGAAUGUGUUUGAGCUCACAUC